GUCGGUGGUGGUGGUGGUGGAUGUAAAAAUUGUAUGUUUUUAUUUGAACUGUAUCUUUCGCAACACUACAACUACGACUCUUUAACUGAACACACACUGGGGUUUAUUAACAAUUCAAAAAGCCAUUUGCGCACACACAUGCUACGAAAACCCCUCGAAGUCGAACAAACUAAAAACGUUGACUAUAGUGAAGCAAAAGAAGUUUCACAAUUUCAUAAAUUCAGUUGCUCUUUAACAAGCGGCAUGAUCGGAACAAAUUAAAAACGUUUAACGGUUACAAAAUAAUCAUUUCAAAUAAACUAUAUUAAUUUUUGUGAACAAAAAAAAAAAACAAACGCUCUUUUGAACAAAAGAAGAAACAAACUUAAAGAAAUGUUUUACUGGUUAUAAAUAUUGAAUUUAAGCAAAAUAAAAAUUAUACAAAUAUUUGAAUAAUAAAUAAAAAACAAAAAAACAGUGAGAAUUUUACAAUUAUAUAAAGCAUAAUAUAUAAUUCGCAAAGAAUUAUCAAGUGAAACCUUUUGGUUUAAAAGUGUUUUUAAAAACAAAUUUCAAAAAAAAUAAGUAAAUAAAAAAAAACUCAAUUAUGGUGCGUAGUUUGGCUCAGUGGACGAAAACCUUGAGUUUUCCUUCACGUUUAUCACCAAAUCGUAAUUCUAAGGAUUGUUCAACAUUAAAUGCAACUAGUCCAAUACCACCUCCCACACCACCCAGGAAUAAAAAUUCGAAUUGUGCUACCUCGAGAUCAUCAUCCUCAACAGUCUCUUCAAAUUCCGGCAAUUCAACACAUUCAUCUAACAAUAACAACAACAACAAUAUGCCCAUAACGGAAUUGGAACAAAUUAUUUAUCCUGGUCCAGAUCCCAAACAGGCUAUAAUGGGUUCUUUGGUAUUUUGCAUACAUCACAAACAGGGCUGCUCCUGGUCCGAUGAAUUAAGAAAAUUAAAGGGUCAUUUGAAUGUGUGCAAGCAUGAUGCUACCCAGUGUCCCAAUAAAUGUGGUGCCCAGAUUCCUCGCAUCAUGAUGACAGAUCAUUUGCAGUACACCUGCACCAUGAGACGCACCAAGUGUGAGUUUUGUCAAAGUGAAUUUUCUGGAGCUGGCCUAGAAGAACAUGCCGGUACUUGUGGCCAAGAACCCAUCUAUUGUGAGGCCAAAUGCGGCCAGCGAGUGUUGAGAGGACGCAUGACUUUACACAAAUCCAAGGAUUGUACCAAACGCUUAAGACGUUGUCUACACUGCAAUCGGGAAUUUUCGGCCGACACUUUGGCCUUGCAUGUCAAUCAAUGCCCACGAGCUCCCGCUGUUUGCCCACAACGUUGCGAUAUAGGACCCAUAGCGCGUGCCGAUAUGGAAGCCCACUUGAGAGAUGAAUGUAAAGCCUUGGCCAUAUCUUGCACUUUCAAAGAGGCUGGCUGCAGAUUUAAAGGACCCAGACACAUGUUGGAAGCCCACUUGGAGGCCAAUGCCGCCUCUCAUUUGUCUCUAAUGGUGGCCUUGUCUGCCAGACAAGGUCAACAAAUACAAAUGCUAAAAUCAGCCGUCUCGAAGUUGUCCAUCAAUUUCACCGGUACUUUGUUGUGGAAGAUAACCGACUGGUCUGCCAAAAUGUCAGAGGCCAAAGGCAAAGAUGGUUUGGAAUUGGUGUCACCACCAUUUUAUACUUCACAAUAUGGCUACAAAUUACAAGCUUCCAUGUUCUUGAAUGGCAAUGGUCCCGGUGAGAAUACUCAUGUUUCCGUUUACAUCAAAGUAUUGCCCGGUGAAUAUGAUGCUUUACUAAAAUGGCCUUUCGCUCACUCCAUAACAUUCACCCUCUUCGAACAAGGAGCUCAGGCUGGCCAAGGUGGUGUUGCCGAAUCGUUUGUACCCGAUCCCACUUGGGAAAAUUUCCAACGUCCUUCCAACGAGCCCGACCAAUUGGGUUUUGGCUUCCCUCGCUUUAUAGCCCAUGAUUUGCUCUACAAGCGUCCUUUCAUUAAAGAUGAUACGGUGUUUUUGAGAGUCAAAGUUGAUCCCAGCAAAAUUGUCGCAGUUUAAGUUGAAUACAAACAACUUGAUUGUAGUUUUAACUAUUAGUUUCAUUAUGAAUACUGUGUAUUUAAGUUAAUGUUAAAAUUACCAUAUUAAGACACCCCAUACCAUACAACAUGCAUACAUACAUGUAUAGUUUUAAGUAAAUCACCUAUCAACCAACCCUUUGUACAUAUAGAAAUACAUACAACUUACAUUUAUAUUAUAUUUCAAAUAUUAAGUAUUAAUGUCAAUGUUAAUGAAAGAAAUGAAAUCAUAAGUUUAAUACCAAAAAGAAAUGGAAAUUACAAAACAGCUUCGCUUAAGUAGCCUCAGUUUGCUACUUUAGUUUAAUGAAUGCUUUUACACAAUUGAAACACUUACACACACAAUUAGUCAACUAAAUUUUAUUUUUUAUUGUUUUAAUUAUAAUUAAGUAAGAAAAAUAUCCACAUUUUAUUUAAACAACUCUUUAAGCUUGUUUUCUUUAUUUAAGCAGAGCUGUAAAGGUGUUAAAAAAAAUCGUGCUGGAAUCAAACCAAAGUCAUCAUCAACAAACAAACAAACAAAUAAAUAAUUUUGUAGCGCACAAAUUCUUUAAUUUAUUUAAAUGAUUAAUUAAGCAAGAGUUUGUGUCUUUAGUCUUUCGUUUUUUUUUAAAUUUAAAUUAAGUUGAAAAAAAUUCUUUCAAAAGAUCUUUUGCUUACAAAUCUAUUUUUUAAACUUUGUCGUAUGUGUAUGUUACAUUUUUAUUUUAAAAUAAGAAUUAGGAAUACAAAUAAUAGCAACAGGAUAAAACUCUGGUAGUUUUUAGUUUAUAUUUUUUAUAUUCUUUUUUGUAUAAUUUAAAACGAAAAGCAAACAUUUAUUUAUGUGUUUUGCUAAAUACAAAAUAGUCAUAGUUAUGUAAUGUGUAUGUUAGUUUUUUAAGACGAUAAAACAUUGAAAUCAUAUUUCUGUUAAAGUAAUAUGUUUAUAAUAAUAAAAUAAUGAAUUUUUUGUAUUAAAAAAAAAAGAAA